AUGCGCGCGACAACCCUCCUCUCGGCGUUCUUCGCCGCGACCCUCGCCGCUGCGGAAACCCGCCUUGCAAAGGUCUACAUCGAGCCUGUCUCGCCUACGCCGCAGACACCCGCCCUCCUCGCUGAGAUCGAGUACGAUGCCAAACGUCCCGCCGACGCGAGCGUCACCUCCUACGAAGCCCCCGACCUCUCCGCCGGCGCCAAUGACGGCCCGGUCCCGAAGCUCGUCCGAAUCGGCAUCUUCGACCCGUCGACAUCGGAGUGGACCUCGUCAGUGUCCGUGGCCUCGACGGAGAACUUUGACAAGGGGUACGCGCCCAACAUCAUCCUCAGCGUGGACGGCGUUUCCGAAGAGGUCGUGGGCGCCGGGCUCAAAGGCGUGAGGAUCGAUGCAGGCGCGACGAGGGAUUUCGGCCCCCAGGCUGUUAUGCGAGUCAGCGUGCAGGGAAAGACGCCUGAGUUGAAUAAGCCGGUUAUUCUGAGCCCCGAGGGUAGGAAGGUCGUGCAGGAGGAGAAGCCGUUUUGGCUCAAGUACUGGUGGGUGAUUGCGAUCAUCGUGUUAAUGACCGUCACGGGUGGAGGAGACGGAAAGUAG